AUGCGGCAGGCGUUGCGUUGGACAGCUGCUGGCUCUGUAUCAACUUGUCUUCGGCGCAGGGCUCUACGAGUCUUGCGGCUAAGAAUAAUUGGAUCAGUGUCUAUGGGCCAAACCAGGCCGGAAUACCGUGGGGAGAAGGUUAGAGCUCAAGGUUCAGCGUUAAGGCUCGUUGGAACCAUCGGUCGGACGACUCCGACAGGACCAUCAGCAGCAGCGGCAGGCCGCCGAUCGCUCUUCUUCCCUGGUAUCGUUCCGGCGCUGCAGCGGCGUGCGAUGCAGCUCCCCCUACCUCAGAAGGCAAAAAGCAUAAUCGAACAUCCAGCAGGACCCUUCACAAUCCACUUCUGGGCACCGACGUUGAAGUGGGGGAUUUCUAUAGCCAACAUCCUCGAUAUCAUGGAUAAAGAUGCUGCGAGCAUCUCUCCAGAGCAACAAAUUGCCGUGGCAGCGACGGGUCUUAUAUGGUCAAGAUACAGCAUGGUGAUCAGGCCGAAGAACUGGAACCUUUUUAGCGUGAAUGUGGUCAUGGCAUUCACCGGCUGCCUACAGCUUGGUCGUGUGGCCUGUAGAGAGUACAAGGUCCGAACCGGCAGCUACAGCAACACCGCUCAGGAGAGCACAGAAAGCAACCCUCAUGAAGAUGGCACUCAUAGCAACAGCAAGGAUAGCAGUGCAGCCUCCGCAUAA